GAUGGCCCCCAGAGGAAAAAACGGAAGUCUGAAGUUGUAGAAGUGGACAAGCAGUUAGAUAUCCUGGCUAUUGGUACAGCAGUUGGUAGCAUUUUGUUAUACAGCACAUUAAAAGGAGAAUUACACAGCAAGCUAGAUGGUGGUCAUGACAAUAGAGUAAACUGUGUCAGAUGGCAUCAGGAAAACUGCUGCUUGUAUAGCUGUUCAGAGGACAAACACAUUGUGGAAUGGAACACACAGACUUGCAAAGUAAAGUGCAAGUGGAAAGGCGACGGUAGCAGUGUCACCUCUCUAUGCAUCAGUCCAGAUGGGAAAAUGCUGCUGUCAGCCGGUAGAACUAUAAAACUGUGGGACCUGGAGACCAAAGAAGUCUACAGACAUUUCACAGGCCAUGCUACAUCAGUAUCAUCAUUAAUAUUUACCACGGUGAAACCUAUGAAUGAAAAUAAGCCCUUUGAUGGAAUUACAGGACUUUAUUUCUUGUCUGGAGCUAUACAUGACCGAUUACUGAGUGUAUGGCAGAUCAGAUCGGAUAGGAAAGAAAAGAACGCUGUGAUGUCUUUCACAGUAACGGAUGAACCAACUUUUGUUGACCUGACUGUAUCAGAAGUCAAAGAAGAGCCUGUGAAGUUAGCAGUUGUGUGCAGAGACGGGCAGUUGCAUUUAUUUGAACAUAUCUUAAAUGGUUAUUGCAAAAAACCCUUAACGUCAAACUGUACUAUCCAGAUAGCAACGCCUGGAAAUGAUGGGGACUCCACACCAAAACCAGUCCCUAUUUUAGCAGCUGCAUUUUGCACAGACAAACAGUCUCUGCUGCUUGUGUAUGGAAACACCUUACAGCCCAUCAUAGAGAAAGUGUCUUUGAAUACCACAGAAUCCCACAUAUGUUUGAUAAGGGACAUCCAGAAAGUCUUGUCACUUAAAACAGAUGUUGCCCUAACAAAGGUGAAGACACCGGUUGUGAACUCAGACACCAAAGUUCUAGUGCCUGGCAUUCCAGGACAUAGUGCAGCUGUCAAAACUCCAUCCUCAGGAAAGGAGAAAAAGAAAAACAAGAGGAAACCAGGAGAGACAGAGGAAAGCAUUGAAGAGCGCCUCGGGGCGUUGGAUAUCGAUGUGAGCAAAGUAAAAACUCCAGGUGGCCUUCCACAAACAGACAGCUUCGCAGUACUUUUGGUUCAGGGCUUGGAAAGCAAUGAUGCAGAAAUCUUAAAUAGGGUGCUUAACACAAGAAAGGAAAGUGUAAUAAAGAACACAGUAGCCAGAAUGCCUAUACAUGCUGUCAUUCCACUGCUGCAUGAGCUUACGAAGAGAUUGCAGGGCAACCCAUACAGUGCCUCAUUAAUGGUUCGGUGGCUGAAGUCAAUUUUUACUCUACAUGCAUCCUACCUUUCCACAUUGCCAGACCUCAUUCCUCAGCUGGGAAUGCUAUACCAGUUAAUGGAGAGCAGAGUAAAAACUUUGCAAAAGCUUUCCCGUCUGCAUGGAAGACUUUUCAUUCUUGUCACCCAGGUUGCAGCGUCAGAAACAGUACACGAUGUAACUGAGGUUAAUCAGACUGCAAAGCUGGUAUAUGAGGAUG